AGAAACUAUUCGAUGGCACAGAGUGCAGAUGAGAAUGGAUCAGCUAGCGGACCUAGACGACCAGAAAACUUCCCUCGUCAUGAUUCAACAAAAGGCAAUAACUUAUACGAUAUUCUUGGUGUUCCAAAAACAGCUACACAGGAAGAGAUAAAGAAAGCAUAUAGGAAAUUAGCACUAAGGUAUCACCCAGACAAAAAUCUAGACGGUGAUCAAGAAAAGACAGAAAAGUUUAUUCAAAUUAAUUAUGCUAAUAGCAUACUGGAGAAUCCUAGUAAGCGACGAAUUUACGAUGACUACGGUGAGAUGGGUCUGAAAUUAAUGGAACAAUUCGGUGACGACGAUAGAAUCCUUCGGCUAGCAUUCAAUCCUUGGAUGAAGGUCGCCUUUAUUGUUGGAGGAAUUCUCACAGGAUGUUGCUUUUGCUUUUGUUGUUGCUGCUGCUUCUGCUGUAACUUCUGUUGCGGGAAAUGCAAACCAAAGGGGCCUGAUUUCAACGAGGUUUUUUCUAUCUUUCUAUUUCCUAUCAGAAGUAGUGUGGCUUGA